CAUAUAUGACCCCUUCGCUGCCCUGCAACUGUGCUAGGCUUACUAGGUAUCCCUACAGCCCUCUCUUCCAGAAGACGAAUAUCAACUCCAGGCCUGGAAACCAUAACAGCCUGGUCCACUCACUCUGGCUUACACACUCGGCCAGUUUACCAAACUGCAUUCAUUCCACACAGGACUCUUGUCAAGUGUUCUCGGAAAUAAGUCACAUCUAAAGAUGGUGUGCCUCAGCAGCCCUUCCUUCUUCCAACGAAGAACCAGAGCGGCCACUCUUCAGUCAGGCAAAAUCGAAAUCAAGCACCCUCACUACAAGCAGCUCGAUAUGGAGGAGCAGGCACUUCGAACACAUGCACGGCUAUACAGCAUGACCAGCAGCAACUCGAGAUCUUCGUCGGAGUCUGAUGACUCGUCGAGGGCUCAUUCUUUCAACCCUUUGCAGUCACAUCCCCCACUUCAGAUCAACGCCUCUCCCAUCAUCGAGACUAGAUUUAUGGGCAACGAUGACAGAGGAGAGUUUCAUCAAGCACAAUCCAAAAUCAACGAAGAGUUCGCGAUCCUCGACGAAGACGACCUCGACGACUCGAGGCCGUCGUCUUCACGGAGGAUGACUUAUGUCUACGAUGAAGGCUCCCAGUGGCCACUCAAGGACUGGCAGACAAUCCCACCCGGUCUUGCUGAUCCGCAAGAGUCAUCUGAGUUCGCCACCGCCCUGCGGCCAAGGCCAGCAAACCACCAACGCCGCCCUACAGAGUGGAGGGACGACCCGGACCUCUUCAUCAAGCGGGGAUCGUGGAAGCGACGCGGCAUCAUCUUCAACCCGGAUGUGCCCAGUGACGACGAGAAUGUCGAGCACUUUGAGCUCCCUGAGGAGUAGUUCACAUCAACCAAAUACGCUAUACGCAUGACCUCACUACCAACAUUCACUUCAACUUCGGUUUGACUCGGACCCGUCUUUCUUCUACAAGUCCCUUUAAUAGCCUGAUUUAAUCUGGGUUGGCCGACUUCACCCCAGGCCUUUUUCUUUUGUCACUGUUCAGCAUUUACACCAGCAUAGCAUACACCGGGGGGAUGCCAACACUGGCGAUAUGGGCACGACAGGCGUUUCUACAGCGUUGGUUACAAGGGUUGGAGUUGGCAUAUGAUUUCAGUUCCAAGAUACCACUUUGCAAUUAAGCAAUACAUCUUUGUCUUCUUUCGUUUCUACGAAAGGAGUAACCUACACAA